UCGGAAACACUUCAUUUUUCUCUGACUUCCGCUGUGCCAACAUCUUCUCUGGGAGUGUUAUGAAGUUAAUGAUUUAACAGUGCAUUAAUAAUUAUAUUUAUAGGAUUAAAAGUAACGUUAUGGCAGAUGGAGUAAAGAGCGAUGGCCAGUUCAACGAACACCUUCCCAGUGUUAUCCCUCCACAAGACCUGAAGAGGACUUCAUGCCAAGCACCCGCAUCCCACCCAAGAAUGAUGAAUGGGUUUGAGGAAUCGAGUGAUUCAAAACGCACGACUUCCCCUGCUGGAUGUAACACCAGUGGUGGCUCCUCUUCAAGGGAGCUGAGAUCUGAAGAGGCAGAACUAGCAGCCGUCAUAGCCAAGGUCACAGGAAGAGCAAGUCCCUUCGUGGAUGAGUUUGACGACGGCAAGAGGAAAUUCACUAUCCUCUGUGGUGAGGCUGCCAAUGUUGGUGAUUUUCCUGCCGAAGGGGCGGCUGCAUCUACUACAACCCAGGGCUCAUUGGGUGGUAGAGAUUUCACCACCUUUGGUUACCCAGCAAGGUCUUCAGCAGUGGCUCCAAAUGAAAGCUACACAAAACCAAGGAUUGUAGGUGUGGAGUAUAAAAAGAAUUUUGGAAUUGGUAAUAGAGCACUAGCAGAACACGAGAGUUCCAGAAAUUACAAUGUGUACCCAAACAGAGGAAAAAGGAGUAAGAUGUCCGUUGUCAUGCAUGGUGCUCCACAUCAACCCGAAGAUGAUAGCCAGGCAAAAGAGUGUAAGAGUAGUGCUAAUUAUUCCAAGCCAACCACUAAGAAAACUGCAGACUUGGGUAACCUUGAUGAAAAAUCAGUCAAAAAUCAUGAUGGUAAUAUACUGUGUCUUGAUUUAUCAGAUUCACAGAAAGUUGAUAGCAAGGAUCAUAAGAGCAAGAAAAUUGAUGAAAAUUUGGUUGACUCUGUAGCAAAUCAACCAGAGGUUGCUAGUGUGGUUGUCAAAGACUGCAAAAGAGUCUCCACUGAUAGCAAAGCUGAUGACAACAGAGAUAGAAAAGUUGGUCUAACAAAGACAGUAAGUGCUAUAGAGUUAGACACAGUGAAGGCAUGUUUUCCAUCCAAAGGCUCAGCAGCAGAAGGGAAGUCCUUUGACAUAAUCAGUACAGAGGUGAAGCAGAAUAUAAUCAAUCGUCGAAUGGCUGCAAGGAAUGCAACUGCCAUCGCAGAGUUUGACCCUCUGGUUUCGAUGAGCCCAGAAGCUCAAAAACUGGCAUUAUGGGCCACUGGAAAGCCACUGAAGAAAUCCAUUUUUGACCCAGAUGACGAUGUUGCUUUCCCAUCGUCCCCUGAUUCAAAUGUCAAAGCUUCAGCAGAGGCCCAGCUGAACAAGAAAGAGGACAUCAACUCCUUCAGAAAAGUGGAGGACCUUCUGAUCAAGAAUAACUUUGUCAAAGCAUCUUCAAAGGGCCCUUUGGACGAUGGUGGAGGAUUCUAUGAAGGACUGAUUAAAGAUUUCCCAAGUGUAGAUGAUGCCAUUGAUCUACUCAAUGGAACAUUACAUACUGCAGGUCUGCACUCUCGAUCCUCGAAACAAAAGGACUAUUCAGGAGACGGCCAGUACCGUGGUGGUCAGAAGACUUGA